CAAAUUUCCCGCUAUUCACGCGAGUGCUACUGUAAUCGUUCAAUUUCCAGCCGUGUCUCAUCUUCCGCGGUCAAAGGAAAGCGGGUGUUUUUCUUCAACCUUACACGCUUUGUUAAACUGCGCGGGUGGCACGGUCGUGUCGUUUUAUCUUGAACAACUGAGUCUUAAAGAGAUCAAAAUUCAAUCCAAUUCUGAGAAAAAAAGAGAAAUGACGUUAUUUGAAAAUGUGCCCAAAAUCCUUAAUGAAUAACUUAGUGAGAGGCGAGGGCAAAUACUGCCCCAGCUGUUUCCUGUUGAGAAUGUCUCUGUAAUGUAGAUAAAUGUGAGGGAUUUUCUCGCUAAAUCCGUCUCCUGUUCGCUAAAUCUCACUUCUCCAAAACGAGCCUGCGCAAUGGAACAAAGUCGGAAUAUUGAGAUGUGACAUUGCCCGCAUCUCGUCCUCUUUCUCGCUGUUUUUAAUGACUUCAAACAAGUUCAUUUUUGCUGGGCUUUGUCGCGCGGAGACCCACGGGGAUGUCUAACGGUCAAUUCUUUCAGUGGCAUUUGUGUGAUGUCUUCAAGUGUACCAUGUGCUGUCUCUCCUGCACGCACACUUUGUCGCUGGUGCUCUGCGUCUUGAGCCUGACCCCGGCUGCGGUGGAGGCGGGCCCGGAGACGCUGUGCGGGGCGGAGCUGGUGGACACGCUGCAGUUUGUGUGCGGAGAGAGGGGCUUUUAUUUCAGCAAACCCACGGGCUAUGGGCCCAACUCGCGGCGGACACACAACCGUGGCAUAGUGGACGAGUGCUGCUUCCAGAGCUGUGAGCUGCGGAGGCUGGAGAUGUACUGCGCUCCCGUCAAGACGGGGAAAGCCCCGCGCUCGCUACGCUCACAGCGGCACACAGACCUCCCUAGAGCGGCCAAGAAACCCGUAUCCGGGCACAGCCACACAUCCUGCAAGGAUGUCCAUCAAAAGAACUCCAGUCGAGGGAACAGCGGAGGGAGGAGCUACAGAAUGUAGAGCAGCCAAUGGACAGCCAAGACAGAGUGAGAGAGCGAGGAAGAGGAAGAGGAAACUGGCAGUCAUGUGGACCUGGGAGACAGCAAAACAAACAAACAAACAAACAAGCAAACAAACAAACAAAAAAGAAAGACAGAUAGAGGAAAAGGUGGCAAGUGUGGCCUUGUCUGGUCCUUAAAUGGGCUUGGCCUACAUCACAUGUAAAAGUGAAAGAUAUGAAUGAAAAAGAAAGAUAUUGUUUGUAUGAGGUCAGUGGGUCAAUCUGUCUAUCAAACAACAAAAACCACAACAACAACAACACAGAAAACAUUGUUCAUUGCACCACAGCAAAUCGUUAAACUAAACAAAAGAGGGACUAGUUUUGCUGGUCAAUCCGAUCAAAAAUGAGGCAAUUUUACCUCUGUGUGAGGACAGUGUUGGGUUCUCAAUAAAACUAAAAAGAAAGCCAACGUCCACUUUAGAGUUGGGAACUGGGUGGAGCUCCAAUGAUGCAUCUUGUCCAAUUAACUCCCAGGAGUCUUUCCAUUCACCCAGAGGCUCAGCCAAUGCAAAGCCUGCAAAGGCUUCCUCUGUAAGCUCAUUGGACCGCAUCCUCCUUCAACCACUUCCCUUCCCCCAUCAAACCCAGAUACACUUUAGUCAGUUAUCCUUAAUUUUGUCAAUUUGAGUGUAAAACAUAACCACAUAAGCACAAGAUGUCACAAAUGAUGAUUUAUAUUUGGGUCGACUGUGGUGAAAACAACAUUACGGGACAGUAGCAUCUUUCACAGUUUUCCAAAAUUGACAGUUUUUCGGCUUUGCACUUACAAUGCACAGGACUUUACAUGGAUUUGUUUUGUUGUUGUGCUGUCUUCAUAGACACCACUGAUGGUCUGUGUCCAAGGCCUUCACAUACACACACCCUUGACUGAUCUAGACAAAAUGGCGUCAGGUAUAAGGACUGUCUUCCGGUGGCUGUCUCCAAUUACACAUGUAUAUCUGCCACGCUCAUUCAUCAACACUGAAAAUACAUCACUGAAGAACAGCAAGACGGGCGGUUCUUCUCUUAGGAUGAGACUUUUGGGAAGUUGCCAUUGUAUCUGAAGAGUGCUAGCCUAGCCACAGAUAGCGGUUGACUCAGAGUCCAAUUCUGGGCCAGAUCUGGGCUAUUUGAGGCUUAACUGGGGCCUUACAUAAAAACAGAUGGGAUGGGUUUGAAAAAGAGCCUCUUUGAAUCAGACCAUUAGUGACUGACUUGACUUGGCCUGACUUCCGUUGUUUUGAUAGCUCAAGAGGGGGACCUUUGCUCCUUUUCUAAUAACUUUGACUGCAUGGUUUUUCAUUUUAAGGGAAAAAAAAAAAGAGGGAAAACAAUGAGAGAGGCCAAGAAGGACGUCCACACCAAAGUGCAUACAUACAGUUUACCGCCUGAGCACAUCAUUCCCAAAGUCGAGACACACACCAACAAACACACACCAACAGACACACACAAUCACACACAGACACACACAUACUCACACACUCUUGCACACCAACCAACCAAAUACACAGCAUAUCAGAGAUUCACAACAGAGAUGCUCAUUGGUAAGCAAGCAUACCAAACUGACAGUCUGCCCUUCUAUAGGUCACCUCCCACCACUGACGGUAGAGUCCUCAAACUGACACAUCAUCACAACGGACAGGUUAAUCUAUCCCCCGGCUCCUCACAAACACACAAUAUCAGAAUCUGUGUUUUCCGUACCCAUGUAUGUAAUCAAAACCAGUACUACCAUUUAUGUUAGCCUAAUGCAUUCUUCCACCAUCAUAGUAAGUGAUGGCUUCAUAUAGCAGAAACCGUAUUAAGAAAUCUUAUCCACUGUAUAAUGGUGCUAUUUUGUAGUUUGUUACUUGCGAGGGUUGGCUAAAAACAGAAAGUGUGUGGAGGCUAAACAGAUUGUUUUAGGUCGUCCCUUUUGCACAGCCUUCUGGCCGCCAUUUCCAUAGUGUGUUUUUAUUUUUAAUGGUAAACUAGUUCCGUAAGGUAGUCAUAUAAGAAGGCAAAUUUGUGUGACAUCUGUGAAUGCAUGGACAAAAAAAAGAGAAAAAAAAAUAUCAUGUUGUGAUCCCAAGAAAGGCUAAUUGCUAUUUUUUCUACGGUUUUUAAAUUGUAUUUAUUGUUUUGAUGAAUGAGAAUUCCCUAGUGGUCCUCAUGCCAAAUGUAGUGACAGAGAGUACUGUGAACUAUGUUCCGUGAGGUGAAAGGUCAUGGUCUGUUCCAAUGAGUGUGCUUUGCUAACUAUCCAACACCACUUGCUAAGAUCGGUAAGACUAUUCUUUUUUUCAUGUAUAACCACACUUCUUUUGUCAAGUUGAAUAUUUGUUUGAACAUGCAGCCAUCCAGUACAUUGUAAUUACAGACUAUUUAUGAAGAAAAAACAUGGUACAACAGUGCAUUACUGGCUUAAACCUUCAGUUCUGCAUGGGAUGUCAGUGAUUAAAAACAAGAGCAGCCAAAGAUUAUCAAACCCUCAAAAGGUUCUUUCUAGAAUCCAAGGCUGAAAGCAGCCUUAUCUCUGUGUAGGGUACUUUUCAUCCAGUAUACCUUCAGCGCACUGUUCUAAGUACACUGUUUUGAGAAUUUACCAAAGACCUCUUAAGAUGAAGAUGUGUCACACAACCUUCAAACUAUUAGUGUUCUAGUCACGUAAAAGGCAAUAUUCCAUUGUUAGUUAUUGGUUGAUUCAAUCUUCGACUUCACCCACAACAUUUUUUACACAGCUGAAGUCGGAAGCCUGCAAUAAGUGGCCAAUGUGUAAAACGUGUGUAAAAUAAGAGAAAACAAAUAAAUAUUAGCAGACACGUCUCGUGACGAGGUUGGGUUCAUCAUAUGUAUGCAGUUAAUGUUUCAGUUAAAGAGUUUUUUUCUUCUGUGUGAUUUAUCUUGCUGUAAGUUUUUUUUUUUUUUUUUUUUGGUUUGUAACAACUCAUAUCUGUAUGUAUCAUGUCACCAAAUAAUGACACAAAACACACAAAAAAAAGCAAACAAAAGAAAAAUGUAAACCGAUAUUGCUGUUUAAAUAAAAACAGAAAAUCAGUGCUUGAUUAUAUGGAAAACGUACACUAUUGACAAAAAAGGAAGAAGAAGACUGUGGGUCUGCGAUUACAAAGCUAAUCAUUAAAAUGGGAUGUUUGGUUGAGGGACUGUCAUUAACUGGUGCUCGAUUGCCUUCCGUAGAAAUGAUUCAAAUAAAUGACAGAUUGUUCACCACUCCUGCUGAAUAAACCACUAGUCAAUACCAAA